GCGUAUGGCAACGGGUCGUGUCGGCGUAGUGCGGGACCGUCCAGAACUAUAGCCAGUGGCUCAGAACGAGUUCAAUUCCCAUAUAGUAGGUAGUUGUUGCCUUCGAAUCGAAGAAGCUGAAGCGAAAAAAAAAGCCAGCAUAGCGAAUCUCAUUCGGGUCGUCUUGCGCGCGCCGGUCGAUUGUGUGGAUUGUCAUUGGGAGCUGCCUCUCUGAUCUGGAACGGGACGGAAACUUGUCUGCCCUAUCAUCGUAGUAGAACACCACCAAUUUAGACAAAACCGCCGCGCCGCGCCAGUAGCUGUGGACCGGAUGUUUUAUUGAGCGACGCUUGUUGUGCAUUCUUCAGUGAAUGUAUGACACAGAGACAGCCAGCAGCAGCAGCAGCGUUGUCGUCCAGCAGUCAGCAUCAGCAGCAGUGCGGUGUUGUCACCGCCAAAGAAGAUUGAAUUGAAUUAAAUUGAAUUGGAUAAGCGCAACGACGCAAGUGAAGAUCUCAAAAACCAAAACAACAACAACAGUGCGGGAAGUGACGGGGCGAGUGGGGAAUCGAGUGAGCUCAGUGCUAUGGCACCGGCCUUGAGUGGGGUCGCGACAGCGCUGUUUGUGGUGGCCGUUACCGGUGUGACGCUCGUCGUUCACAAACGAUCCAGCGACGAUCGGGCAGCCGAGCGGUAUCGGACGUACGACGACUACACAAAGUUCAAUAGUUUUGUGGGUGGGGGUGCUGGAGGUGGUGCCGACAAUUUAAUUGUGGACGCGGACGAGUUCAGCAAAGGUGGUGGCGUUGGUGGCCGUGGGGGGCCAUUCUACAGUUAUCAGCACUGGUCCCGCCUAACCGUGGACUACGAUGACGGGGAAGAAUACAGCUGGCGGAGUCCGGCCUUCCAGAACGUGAGCUAUCUGCCGGCGUACAAUCGGUCGGCGAACUGGUUCCGAAUAGAGGAGCAGAAUGACGGCGCUGGCACGGAUCAUGAUAAGCGAGACAGGGUUAAGCAGAUGAUGGUUCACGCGUGGGACAACUACAAGCUGUACGCCUGGGGCAAAAACGAGCUGAAACCCAUCACCAAGCGGGGCCACUCGGGCAGCAUCUUCGGGGCGUUCGAUCUCGGUGCGACCAUCGUCGAUGGGCUGGAUACGCUCUACCUGAUGGGGCUGCACAAGGAGUUCGACGAGGGCCGCGACUGGGUCGAGCGGAAGUUCACCCUGGAGAACGUGGGCAGUGAUCUGUCAGUGUUCGAGACCAACAUCCGGUUCAUUGGGGGGUUCUUGACGUGCUACGCGUUCACCGGCGACCGGCUGUUCCUGGAGAAGGCCAAGUACGUGGCGGACAAGCUGCUGCCGGCGUUUCAGACCCCAACCGGUAUCCCGUACGCGCUAGUCAAUCCGACGAAUGGGAUCAGUAAGAACUACGGCUGGGCCAGUGGCGGCAGCAGUAUCCUGUCGGAGUUCGGCACCCUGCACCUGGAGUUCGCCUACCUGAGUGACGUCACCGGUGAUUCGGUGUACCGUGAGCGCGUCCAAGCGAUCCGCAACGUCCUGAAGGAGAUCGAGAAGCCCAAGGGUCUCUAUCCGAACUACUUGAAUCCGAAAACGGGCAAAUGGGGCCAACAGCACAUGUCACUGGGUGCUCUCGGGGACAGCUUCUACGAGUAUCUGCUCAAGGCUUGGAUCCAGUCCGGGCACGAGGACGAGGAAGCCCGGGAGAUGUACGAUGACGCAAUGCAAGCCAUCAUCCAGCACAUGAUCCGUACCAGUCCCGGCGGGUAUAUAUACGUGUCGGAUUUGAAGUUCGAACGGCUGGAGCACAAGAUGGACCACUUGGCGUGCUUUGCGGGUGGCCUAUUCGGACUCGGUGGAACCACGUUAAAUAAUCAAUACUCUGAGCGGUACAUGGAAAUCGGAGAAGGUCUAACCAACACUUGUCACGAGAGCUACGUGCGAACAUACACAAGGUUAGGCCCAGAGGCGUUCCGCUUCAACGACGGCGUUGAAGCCAAGGCGCUCAAAUCCCAAGAAAAGUAUUACAUCCUGCGGCCGGAAACUUUUGAGAGUUACUUCGUUAUGUGGAGACUGACACACGAACAGAAGUAUCGUGACUGGGCUUGGGAUGCCGUACAGGCACUAGAGAAGCACUGUCGAACACCGAACGGAUUUAGUGGAUUGAAGAACGUUUACCUGACUGAACCCCAGAAGGAUGACGUGCAGCAGAGUUUCUUCCUCGCGGAGACACUUAAAUACCUUUACCUUAUAUUCUCGGACGAUUCGCUGUUGCGGCUCGAGGAUUGGGUGUUCAACACCGAAGCCCAUCCUCUGCCGGAGGGACAUAACCUGCUGUACCGUGCAGCAGCAACCUCCAACGCUCCCUGAAUUACUCUCAACUAA